AGUGUGAAGGCUUCUUCCUCCUCGUGGACGGGCGUCGACAUCAGUCCGCGCGCCGGGCACAAGCCGGAGAUCAUCCGUUGGGCUAGGAUUAGAAAAAAAUAAAGAACAAUGAUGAAAACGAAACCCAUGCCAUGGCAGAGACAAGGAAGUAAUCCGCGAGAGUAAGCAUCAUAGCGUGUCUAGAUUACAAUAGACUCCAGAAACAUAACUCCGGGAUAACCCUUUAAGGUCCCCCUUGUGCGCAGUCCAUCUCAUCUCGUCCUACUUACUCCCCUUUUGACUUUCUUUUUUCCUUGUGUCAAUCCAGAACUUCUUGUAGUUUGUUGUUAACGAACUUCCACUCGACCUUGGACACGCAAGCAACAAAGCGUGGUACAUACAUACCUAGCACCCAAACAGUCGACUGUGGCUGCCGAGACAACCGAGCUUCCAACAUUCUUUAAGCUUCCAUUGUCAGCAUCUCAACCCUUGGGUAUUCUUUACUACGACUACGAUUUUCAGGUCUCUUAGUUACGACCAUAUACACUUCGUAACGACGGGACGUGCUUCGUCCAAACUCCUACACGCUCGUUCCUUGUUCCUGCAUCUCUGCUCGUGCAUCUACACCUAGUGUACUAGCGAAGCUGCGGGCGCACAGAACCCGUGUUACAUCAUAUUCUGUACACCAAACCACCUAGACAUCAGACAGAAUAACAAACUCAGUCAAGAUGUUGCGAGGGAUACUAUCAUAUUGGAUUUUUCCAAUAAUCUCCGGCGUAGUCUGGCUCGGCACCCUCCUCGGCCUGCUCAUCUACUGGUGCACCGACGAAAACCGACGUCACUAUGCCUCCAUGGACGCGCGGCAAACCAUAGCCUACAUCUCCGACGUUGGCGCCUCCACCUUGAAGCCCCUCUUCAUCGCCGGCUGUUCCGUAACCACCGUCUUCCUGGACCUCUCCUUCGGCGCCGACCGCUGGCUCCGCCACAAGGGCCGCCUGGUGCCCAACACCACCGUGACGGAAAAGGUUCUUUCGGGCAUAACCAUUGUGUUUGCCAUCGUCGGCACCUGCGGCCUGAUCCUGCUGAGCAUCUUUGACACGGCGCGAUACCCCCGGCUGCACGAUAUUUUCCUGCUGCUGUUCAUUGCCGGGUACGUCAUCAGUGCCAUCUUCAUCUGCUGGGAGUACCAGCGCCUGGGCAUGCGGUAUCGCGAGCACCGCGUCCUGCGCAUCUCGUUCUGGGUCAAGCUUGCCUUUGUCGUUGUCGAGAUCAUCCUGGCCGUCGCGUUUGCCAGUUGUAGUUACACUGGGCACUAUAACCCGGCCGCGGUGUUGGAGUGGACGAUAGCGUUCAUCUUCUCCUUCUACAUCUUUUCGUUCUGGAUCGACUUGUAUCCCGCGGUCAGGACAAAGGGGACCGGUGGGUACAGGGGAAACAAGGGCAUGAACGAGCAUAUGGAACACGGCAGUAGGGAGGAGCAGGGGAUUGCGGGGAGUGAUAGGACGUUGAUGGGAGAGGCAUAUGCGGCUGCUCAUCAUGGUCAUGACCAAAGGAACAGCUACUACAGCGGUAACGGGUACAGCGGUAGCAGGCCGGGGACGGCGCCGAAUCAGCAGAGCGGGUUGAGGGGGAUGGCGCUCCCUAAUGAUUUUUAGAACAAGAGGCUACGAUGAUGCGAUGACUGUGUUUCUGUUUGGGGAAGAACAAGAAAUGUCGAUCAAAGGAGAUAAAGGAGGAUAUUUUAGUAAUGCUGGAGAGUGCUGGGAUACCACAUGGUUUCGAUAUUACGAUGAGCAAGCAUGGAGCGGGAAUCCGUUCCGUCUUGAGGCGGUUCGAUGACGGCAACCCUCAAUGACUUAUGAGGCGUUAAGGGAUUGGCACCUUUGGUUUCUAGAUCUUCACUUCUUUUUGCAUACUUUUGUUUUAUCAUUAUUGCAGUAAUACAGACAUUACGCGUUACCAUAAAGCUUAAAGCACAAGCCAGUAUACAGUUCAGGCC